CAUAAAUAAAAUCUAUGUCAGAUUUGUGCUUAGAGAUUGAGUGUUUACCACAGUCUGUAUUUACACCAGUUUUUGUGAGGCAAGGAACCGCAUGAGGUAAAGAGUUACAACUGCAUGUGCUCCUCAGCUCUUCUAUUCAAACUGCAAUAAUGCACAAAUUUGUUUAAGGUGGACGCAUGUUUGGUGCAUACAUUACAGCGUGUGUGAAAUAAAUUGGAGAAGGCGUGAAGAUUAAACGUGAAGACUGGUACACGGGAGUGUGCACAAUGUCGGAGCUCUAUGUGUUGUUUGAACAUGCAGCUGGAUAUGCCAUAUUCAGAGUCAAGGAGUUUGAAGAAGUAGGGAUGCUCUUGCCACAAGUUGAAGCUUCUGUAACAGAUUUAAGCCGUUUCAAUCAAGUUGUCAAACUUAUCAGCUUUGCCCCUUUCAAAACUGCAUCAUCAGCCUUGGAAAAUAUAAAUGGCAUCUCAGAAGGAUUGCUACCAGAAGAUUUGCGCCUUGUUUUGGAGACUCAUUUACCCAGAAAAAAGAAAUCUGUUGUAACUCUGGGUGUUUCUGAACCUAAACUUGGUGCAGCAAUCACAGAAGCAUUGGGCAUAACAUGCCAGCAUACAGCCCCAAUUCCAGAAAUAGUAAGAGGAAUCCGCCACCAUUUUCAUGGGUUGGUAAAAGGAUUUACAGCAAAAACUGCAGGUGUUGCUCAGCUUGGUUUGGGCCAUAGUUAUUCGCGUGCCAAAGUAAAAUUUAAUGUGCACAGAUCUGACAAUAUGAUUAUUCAAAGUAUUGCUCUGUUAGAUCAGUUGGACAAAGAUGUAAACACGUUUUCAAUGAGAAUCAGAGAAUGGUAUUCAUACCAUUUCCCAGAGCUGGUGAAGAUAGUACCUGAAAAUUAUAUGUAUGCUAGAGUGGCAAGACUUAUUGGAAACAGGAAGGAGUUUACGGAAGAUAAACUUGAAGCAUUGGAGGAACUUGUUAUGGACAGUGCAAAAGCCCAAGCUAUCCUCAGUGCUUCGCGUUCUUCGAUGGGUAUGGAUAUAUCUCCUGUUGAUCUAAUGAACAUUGAGCUGUUUGCUGCAAGAGUUGUCGCUUUGUCUGAUUAUCGCAAGCAGCUUGCUAGUUAUCUCCAUACUAAAAUGGAAAGUGUAGCUCCAAAUCUAGCUACUCUUGUUGGAGACCAAGUUGGUGCACGCCUCAUAUCACAUGCAGGCUCCCUCACAAAUCUUGCCAAGUUUCCAGCCUCUACAGUACAAAUACUUGGUGCAGAAAAAGCCUUAUUCAGGGCACUCAAAACUCGAGGUAAUACUCCGAAGUACGGCCUACUAUUUCAUUCAACAUUUAUUGGUCGUGCUGGGCUGAAAAACAAAGGCCGGAUUUCACGGUACCUGGCCAAUAAAUGUGCGAUUGCAUCUCGAAUAGAUUGUUUCUCAGAAAAACCAACAAACAUAUUUGGUGAAAAAUUAAAGCAGCAAGUGGAGGAAAGACUUACAUUUUAUGAAUCUGGUGAGCUGCCACGAAAAAAUAUAGAAGUAAUGCAAGAAGCUAUGCAGGAAGUCGCACAGUUACAGGCGGCGACAGCAGCUGCCAAAAAGAAAAAGAAGAAGGAUAAGAAAAGAAAAUCAGAGUGCCUGGAUGAAAGUGUUACAAAUGAUGCUAGUGUUGAAAAUGGAGACAUUACUCUUGAACCUCCAAAAAAGAAGAAAAAGAAGAAAGUGAAACUCCAGCAAGAAGUUGAAUAAUAAACCUAGGUGCUUGGCUUGGUUACUGAAAACUAUAAUUUUGUGACCGCUUAGGGCCUGAAAAAAAGUACUGCUAAGUACUUAUGGAAAUAAGAUGAAGCUAUAAAUAAGAUUUUAUAACAUAAUUAUUUGUACAGCUCUAAGCAUCUGGAAGUCACAGUGAAAUUGAACAUGUAUUAUUCAAAACUUUUUCUUGAGGAGCUAACAAAUGAUAUAGGAAAUGUGGUUGGCAGUGCCUGUCUGAGAAUAGGAGCCUCCAUAAACUGAUUACUGUGGUUAACUAAUUGACAAUUCAGAAAAUGACAAAUGUAGUAUUUAUCUGAAUUCACAACCAGUGUAGUAAAUCUGUUCUUCUCUGCAUAUCAGUUUACUUUUUGUGAAGUUGGAUAGAAAAACCACAUAUUCCAAAAAUAUACAUAAGUACCUUUUAGCAACAAUGUAAGGAAAAGAUAGACUGCUGCUUACUGCAAAGGUGACAUGUUAAGUUGUAGACAGGCACAAUUAAGACACUUGCAUAUUAGCUUUCGGCCACAGCCACCGUCAGAAAAAGAAACACACACACACAUUCAUUCCCACAAGCAAUCAUACCUCUCACAUAUGACUGCCAUCUCCAGCAGCUCGGACAAUGGUAUCAUAUUGUUUAUGCUCCCAACCUGAAUCUUCCAUUGUGUGAUUUUUACUUUUAGCCAACAAAUAACACUCAUUCCAAUUGUAAUUUAAAUUUUUCUCUGUAGUGCAUCAUCCCCCCCCCCCCCCCCCCUGUCCACACACACACUCACAACAUUCAGAUAAAAAAUUACAAUGACAGUAGAGAUUAUGUGAAUGAAUGUAUACCUUUUAUUUAGUUACAAUAAAAUCAUUUUAAAACA